UGAGUACCAGUCAAGUACUGAAGUCAAUGUAACUGGCUGACUCCCCACCACCACUUCCAAAAUUGUUGGCCUUGCGCCUAAAUAAGAAACAAUAAUUACCAAUUAUUUUCGCAAAUUUUAUUUCUAUGUGCCUUUUAUCUUUUCUUUUUUCUGAUCGGUCCCAACUGAGUGGAUCUAUGGUCAGUCAUUUGCGAUCAUUUUGAUCUUCUUUCCAUUGUACGAAUACUAUAUCAACACUUUCAUUAUCCAUUGCGUUCUACCUUCGUACCUUUACAAGCGGUGCGAUGUGAUUUGAGAGACAUUCUGGCUACUGUUUAUUAACAAGUUGAACAACAUAGAUGCUAAACUCCCUUAUUGGGCUGCAAAAUGUAAAUUAUAAUUUGCAUUUUUUUUUUUGAAGAUCGUAAAUGGUGGUAUCAGUGAAGUUGCCUUAGUCGCAACUAAAAUCUGUUGGUAAGUUAAUUAACUGGCAAUAAAGCUGUCACUACCACCCUCCAACUCCGUUCCCAUUUAUGUAUAUAAGUGACUGACUGUGUACAGUAGUCAUUAGCUGCAGAAAUGAUCAGUCGACACCAACAAUAAACAGUUGGAGCAGACGGAUGUCCCUAAUAACGAAAGUUAUUGCAGCAGUAAAGAUGUUUGUACCGUAUGCUGAACUACCAAGAUAUGAAAUAGUCAUUGUUUGACUUAACAACUGAUAAAUUACAAAGACUGGUAUCUUGAAAAGUGGACUUUUACUAAAAGAUGUUUAAUUCAAGCAUGUGGCAUUUAUCAGGUUCUUAAGUUAUGUUAUUUAGAGGACAUUUUUUAAAAAUCUGCUUCAGUCAAUUCCAUUAUGAAAUUUAGUAGAAGGAUCCAAAUUAAGAGGAUUAAAUAGUUUUGUAUAAAUGUGUUCCUAGAAGAGAAAAAUCUAGGAAUUUGCUGCUUGUGUUUCCUCUUAUGAACAUCUGUUGAUGGAAAAAAUGUUACGCACACAGGCAAAAUGUCACAGAUGUGAAGUUUGUGGGAAAAUAUUAUCUAACAAUUUUAAAUUAUUGGCUCACAACCGUACUCAUACGGGUGAAAAACCAUACAGUUGUGAAACUUGUGGGAAAGCAUUUUCACAUUAUGGCUCCUUUGUAGUACAUAAACGUGUUCACACAGGAGAAAGACCAUACCACUGUGAAAUUUGUGGUAAAACAUUUUCUUACAUUGGUCACUUGACAAGACAUAAACGGAGCCAUACUGGAGAACGUCCAUACAUUUGUACAAUUUGUGGGAAAACAUUCCCUGAUGUUACUCGUUUUUCAGAUCAUAAACGUAUUCACACAGGGGAAAAGCCUUACCAAUGUGAAUUUUGUGGGAAAACAUUUACUCUGAAAAACCAGUUAAAAGUUCAUAAGCGAAUUCAUACGGGUGAUAGACCUUAUCAUUGUGAUGUUUGUGGGAGAGCAUUUGCUCAGAACGCUCACCUAACAGGUCAUAAACGUACUCACACAGGAGAAAAAUCAUUCCACUGUGAAAUUUGUGGGAAAUCGUUUACCCAAAAUAGUAGCUUAUCCGUUCAUAAAUAUACUCACCUUGAAGAAAAACCAUACAACUGUGAAAUUUGUGGGAAAGCAUUUUCUCAUAACCGUUUGUUAUCAAAUCAUGCACGAACUCACACAGAAGUUAAACGUUAUCAAUGUGAAAUCUGUGGCAAAGCGUUUCAUCGAAAGAGCGCUCUUUCAGUUCAUAAACGUAGUCACACAGGGGAGAAGCCAUACAAAUGUGCGCUUUGUGAGAAAACAUUUUCUCGAAGUGGGAGCCUUGCAGUUCAUGUACGCAUUCACACUGGUGAAAAACCAUACCAUUGUGACUUAUGUGGCAAAUUAUUCUCUGGAAAGAGUAGUCUUUCAGAUCAUCUACAUUUUCACUCAAGGAGAAAAUCAUACCACUGUGAAGUAUGUAGCAAAACAUUUUCUCACAGUCGUACCUUAAUUAUUCAUAAACGUAUUCAUGCAGGAGUGAAGCCCUACCAAUGUGAUACCUGUGAGAAAGGAUUUUCUAAAAAAUGUUAUUUAUUGCAUCAUAAGUGUGUUCAGAUUAAAAAAGAAUCUCAAAUUUUGUGAUUUUUGAUUGAAAAAAAUGUCACAGAUUGGUUUAUACUAGAAAGAGACUGUUACAUCUUGGAACUGUGAAACAAGUAUUUUAUACCUGCUUAACUCAAAGUGAAAAGUCCUUCUUUAUAAACUGUUCCUUAACAAAUAUUUGUUCUAAAAGAGAUUCAUUCCUCUGUGAUAAUUAUCCCAUAGCUGAGAUCAGCAAUAUAUUUCUGAGUGUGGGAAUAUAAUAGCAAUGUACUUUCUUAUCUUUAGUCCACUAACAAUGCAUUCAUGCAUUAAUAACAUUUACUGUGCGAUUUUUUUUUUUUAUAUAUUUGUUUUUUACAAUUUUUUUUUUUUCCAACUAAAACAAAUUUCAUAAUAAAAGUUUUUAAUUAAUUAGCUUUGGAAAUUUCAAUGUUUUUUUCCAUUGCAAAUGUAUAUUUCAGUAUGGGAUGGUUCUGAACUUAGCCCAGUAGCGACAUAAUAAGUUAUUUUAAAUCUAAUGAUCUUAUCUGUUUCUUGGUUAUUAUGUUUAAACUCAUAAAGGUGAGCUGAGCUGGCAGAAUCAUUAACUUUCUGAACAAAACACUCAGCAACAUUUCAUAUGCCUUUACAUUCUGAGUUCAAAUUCUCCUGAGGUUGACUUUGCCUUUCAUCCUUUUGGGGUCGAUGAAAUAAGUACCAGUUGAGCACUGGGAUCGAUGGAAUCAUCUAGCCCCCUCCCUAAAAAUUCCAAUAUUUUACUAAUGUUGAUGUAUCCCAAGGUUUGAUGAUGUCUCAAGCACACAUUUUGCAUUCUAUAUAAAUACUUGUUACAUCUGACAGGAUUAUGUAGAGCAGGGGUUUUCAAACUUGUUAUAAGCACCAAUGUGCUGCAUGCUUUUAUGAGACCUUUGGAGAUAUACUGUGAUUGGGAAGACCCAGCAACUAAAGAGAGAUUGCAGCCAUGGCCGAUGACAUUGUCACAUGUCUGGCCAUUUAAAAGUACCCUUGAUGUGUCGGCCAAUAUGAUAUGCUUGAGAAGAUCUAUUGAGUCAAGUAAAACCCAAAUCGUAACUGUGGCAAGUGUCUCCUGACUGGUUCCCGUUCCGGUGGCAUGUAAAAUGCAUCAUCCAAACUUGGUCGAUGCCAGGUCCGCCUGACUGGCUCCCAUGCCGGUGACAUGUAAACAGCACCAUCCAAACAUGGUCAAUGCCAGGUCCGCCUGACUGGCUCCCAUGCCAGUGGCACGUAAUAAGCACCAUAUGAACGUAAUCAAUGCUAGGCCUGACUGCCUGGGUCUUGUGUAGGUGGCACGUAAAAAGCACCCACUACUUUCUAAGUGGUUGGCAUUAGGAAGGGCAUCUAGCUGUAGAAACAUUGCCAGAUCAGAUUGGAGCCUGGUGCAGCUGUUGGGUUUCCAGACCCCAGUCAAACUGUCCAACCCAUGCUAGCAUGGAAAACAGACGUUAAACGAUGAUGAUUAGUUAGUUUGGUCUAUUUUGAUUAGUUAUCACAUACUGUAUUCUUUUUCUCGUGAUUUGUUGUCUGAACCCAGUAUUAACAUGUGUAAAUGCUGUGUAAUAUCAAUAGAUGCUAUUUGAAGAUCAUAGAUUUUAUCAAUGCAACACUUAUGUACAACAGCAGAUAAUUUUUUUUCCAUUUUAUUACAAUCUCAGAAUGGAAAAAUAUAUUUUCUGCUGGUCAAUAAACCAAUUUAGCUCUGGUAAGCUUCCUUGACCUCAAUAAAAUAAUACACAUAAUAAAAGCUUACAUUUGAUAUUGGAUAAGGACACAAAAAAGGUUGAUGUUACAGAUUACUGAAAUGAACACAGUAUUCCACAUGCUAUUAUUUUAUGUAUAGGAAGGAUGGUGAACUGGUAGAAUUGUUAGCAUUCCAGACAAAAUGCUUAGUUACAUUUUUUUCUGGCUUUAUUUUCUGAGUCCAGAUUCCACUAAGGUCAACUUUGCCUUUCAUCCUUUCAAGGAACGAGGAAGGAAGGCUAGUUGAGUGUCACUUUUUUGACAGUGUUGUUGUUUUGACAGCGUUGUUGUUUUGACAGUGUUGUUGUUUGCGUGCAGAAAGUGAAUGUGUGCUCUUCUUUGCUGUCACGUCUUACAAAUGAACCCUUUUUUGGACCAAAUAGUGACUGGUGAUGAGAAAUAGGUUCUCUGUAAAAAUGUAAGUACUGAAGACAGUGGGUAGGGAAAGGAGAAACACCAGCACCCCAGGCUAAAGAAGGUCUUCACCUAUGUAAGGUGUUAUCUGUUUGGUGGGAUAUGAAAGGUUUAGUUCACUUUGAACUUUUAAACCCAAACCAAAUGAUACAAAGGAGAGCAGCCUGAGCGGCUUAGGUCAGCGCUAGAAGAAAAAUGACCAUCUUUGGUUUCAAGAUGAAAGGUGUUCUUCCAUCAGGAUAGUGCUUAUCCACAUACAGCGAGGAUGACAUUCCAAAGACUGGAGCAGUUUGAAUGGGAAACGAUGCCCCACCCAUCAUAUUCGCUGGACAUUGCCCCAUCUGAUUAUCAUUUAUUCCACAGUUUUCAAAAUCAUUUGGACGGAAAAAAUAUGAAUUCUGUAGACGAGGUCAGAACAGUACUGGAGGAGUGUUUUUCUUUGCGGACAAGUGAAUUUUGGAAGAGGGGCCUUGCAAGUCUAUCAGAUAGAUGAAAGAGCAUUGUAGACAAUGAAGGAAAAUAUAUUUUAGAUCAGUAGUUCCCAACCCUUUUUAUGCCCUGCACUCCUAAAAACUUUUAAUAUGUUCUCGCUCCCCUUAAUGUAAUAAUUUGUAUAAGAAUAAAGGUGCCCGGGGCAAUUGCCCUCUUUGACCCCCUAUAAAUCCUUCCCUGCUCGCACCCCCUAGAAUGCUAUCUUUUCACCCUUGGUUGGGAAACCUUGUUUUAGAUUAAAAAAGAACUUAGUUUAUCUUAAUUUUGUAAAAUGAUAGAAGUAUAAAAAAAUACGCGUUUGGCAACCAAAGAUAUCUAUCUCUCUCUCUCUCGCUCUGAGUGAAAGGAAGAUUGUGUUUUGUCUGUGUAUGAACAUCAAUGCUAUAUGGUAGUGGGUUAUGGUCUCUGAAUGGAGGAAUGAAGCUAGUAUGCUUUACUGAAAGUGCAAUGUCAGUGUACGUGUGCAACAGAGCCCUUAUGUACUGAAAGAAAAGUUAGGCAUGACAGGAAUUAGAUGUAUUGUGCAAGAGAGAAGACUGUUCUGAUUUGGCCAUGUGAUGCAUAUGUAUGUGGACAGUUGCUAAAGAAAUACCGAUCACUAAAAGUGGAUGGAAAUCAUGAAAGAGAGACCCAGGAAGACAUGGGACAAAUUACUGAGGGUUGAUCUCAAGACACUGAGCCUUAUGAAGGAGAUGACAAAAGACCAAGAUAUCUGGUCCCUUGCUGUACUCAAGAGACCCUUCCACCACAGUAGAACUGAUAUUUUAAACCAUCUUAAUAAAUGCCUGUGUGAGGAGCUCUGCCCUAUGCUAAACUGCAUCCUCUCUGCCCUCCGAACCAUUUCCCUCCACCUUUCAUCCUUUAACACCCAUCACCUCUCUAUCACCAGAGAACAGAAUAGACACAUACUGUUGUUGUUGGCACUUCAUCGCUUACGACGUUGAGGGUUCCAGUUGAUUCAAUCAACGGAACAGCAGUGCUCGUGAAAUUAACGUGCAAGUGGCUGAGCACUCCACAGACAAGUGUACCCUUAACGUAGUUCUUGGGGAUAUUCAAUGUGACACAGUGUGACAAGGCUGACCCUUUGAAUUACAAGCACAACAGAAACAGGAAGUAAGAGUGAGAGAAAGUUGUGUCGCCACCAUCCCCUGCCGGAGCCUUGUGGAGCUUUAGGUGUUUCCGUUCAAUAAACACUCACAACGCCCUGUCUGGGAAUCGAAACCGUGAGUCCGCUGCCAUAACCACUGGGCCAUUGUGCCUCCACAGACACAUACUGCAUACCCCUGUUUUCUCAGUUACCUUCUUCCCCACCUCAAACCACUUCUGUUUCCCAUUAUCUUCACCUGCUGACUGUCUCCACCAAUCACUUUCUUUCAGUGCCUACACUCCCCCCUGUGUUCUUCUCCAUCAUUAACACCUUGCUUAUCUGCUAUCACCUUCAACGAUCUCAGAGACCUACUGCAGCCCCCAUCUCUGAGCCUCUCCUAUAUUUCACACCAUCAUUUGCCAGUUACCUUUACACUGCCCACCCAACCAGUUCAAACUUCUGUAUCACCCUACUUAUUCUCACCAUCCCUGAUGCCCCUCAGGGGACAUUUCUGCCACUCUCUUUCACUAUUGCUCUCUUUAUCUUGUUCUUCAACCCACCCUCCUUACCAGCUCCUGUCAAAUUGUCCAGCUCAUACCAGCCAGGAAAACAGAUGUUAAAUGCUGCUGAUGAUGAUGAUAAAUUUGUUCUUCACGUCACUGUUAUGACCAACUCCUCAGGACCUGCACUAUAAAUCGGUUCUCUGGAAUCAUUCCCUGCCACUCCAGCUUAUGUCUUUCAUGCACAAUUCUUUAACAAUAUGACAAUGUAAAUAAAUGUUUAAAAGGAAAAGAAGCUCGGCUGUAAAACAUUCCGAAUAAAACAUCAAAUGAGAAUUUCGGCGCUAA